UAUGGCCUAGCUGCUUUUCUGCUGCAUUGCUGGAGGCUAUACAGCCUGGCUGGGUUGCCAUGGCUACACUCCUGUCACUCCUGUGACUCAGCCCAUUGUCCAGCCCACAGCCAGCCCCUUUUGGCUAUUUAAGCAGCUAAACUUCGCUUCCUCCUUGCCCUUGUGUUGUUUCUGGCUGCAAGUGCUAUCGCUGUGUUCCUGAAUUCCUGUGUAUGACCUGGCUUUCUCUGACGUCCCUCCCGGCUCCUGAUUCCUGGCUUGUUCCAGACUUCGCUGAUCUCUGUAUUCCUGACCCCGGCUUGUCUGAGUACCCGUCUUGGUUCCUGACACCGGCUUGUCUUUUGGUAUAUGCUUUUGGAUCACGAUUUGGCUUUGUUCACUAUUGUCAUUACAAUAAAGCGUCAAGUGGUGGGCCUAAGGUGAAUACAAAUAUCCAGGCUGAAAUCAGUGCCUUAAAGAAAAAUAUCUCAGAUCUUACAUCAAAAUGUAACACAUUGGAACAGACUUCCGCAAAGGCAUCCUGUGAGAAGAACUGGAUACAAUUUGAUGGCAGCUGUUACUAUAUCCAUUUAAGAAAAUCUACUUGGAUGAACGCAAGAUCUGUGUGCAAAACAAAGGGAAGUGAUCUGGUUGUAAUAACCAGUGAAGAGGAACAGCAUUUCCUGAUGAUAAAUACAAAUGGCAAAGACCAACGUUUUUGGAUUGGGCUGCAUGACAUGGAUGAUGAAGGCACGUGGACAUGGGUGGAUGGAACAGACUAUGAAAAGUCAUACAAGUUCUGGAUGAAAGGGCAACCAAAUGAUUAUAAGUUGAACGAAGACUGUGCUCAUUUAUGGAGAAAUGGAGAGUGGAAUGACUCGCACUGUACUGACGAUUGUUACGCAAUUUGUGAAAAGAAACGUGGCUGAUAAUUUGGUUUACCAUCAACCAGCUCAUUUUAUACAUAUCACAUUUACUAAAAGUCAUCAUCGAAAACAAAUAUACGUCUAAAGGUUGCAAUAUUUUGAGGUGUAUCAAUUCCUAUGUUAUUAUAAGUAUAUAAGUGAUUGGUUUCAUGAAUAAACUGCAGAUGAGAAAUGUGUUUGAUAGAACUAGGCUGUCACUAAACUAUUUUUAGUUUCAGAACACCUUAUGUCUUCUAAUAUUGGCAACGAUGCUUACCAAAUACAAAAAUGUUCAAUUUUAGAAGUCUAAGAUCUAUUUGUAAUUAUACAUACAAUACUAUCAAAUAAAUCUAUUAAUAAUG